AUGGAGGCGCCCGGCCUGGACCGCCACCUGAGCAGCCCGGCCAGCCCUGGCGAGGAUGUCCUCAAGAACCUCAGCCUGGAGCCCAUUCAGCUCUGCGAGAGGGACGGGAACAAAUCACAAGAUAGUGGGAUUGCAGAGAUGGAAGAGCUCCCGGUGCCCCACAACAUCAAAAUCAGCAACAUCACCUGUGAUUCUUUCAAGAUUUUGUGGGACAUGGAUUCUAAAUCCAAGGAACGCAUCACUCACUACUUCAUUGAUCUAAAUAAAAAAGAGAACAAGAAUUCCAACAAAUUUAAGCACAAGGAUGUACCCACAAAGCUUGUGGCAAAAGCUGUUCCUCUGCCAAUGACAGUUCGUGGCCAUUGGUUCUUGAGCCCAAGGACUGAGUACACGGUAGCUGUGCAGACUGCAUCGAAGCAAGUUGAUGGUGAUUACAUGGUUUCAGAAUGGAGUGAAAUCAUAGAGUUUUGUACUGCAGAUUAUUCAAAGGUCCACUUAACGCAGCUUUUGGAAAAAGCGGAAGUGAUUUCAGGACGGAUGCUUAAAUUUUCAGUCUUUUAUCGGAACCAGCACAAAGAAUACUUUGAUUACAUGAGAGAGCAUCACGGAAAUGCACUGCAGCCUUCAGUCAAGGAUAACAGUGGAAGCCAUGGCUCUCCAAUCAGUGGGAAGCUGGAAGGUAUUUUCUUUAGCUGCAACACCGAAUUCAAUACUGGGAAGCCCCCACAAGAUUCACCUUAUGGAAGAUACAGGUUUGAGAUUGCAGCAGAAAAACUGUUCAACCCAAAUACUAACUUGUACUUUGGGGACUUCUACUGCAUGUACACGGCCUACCACUAUGUCAUCCUUGUCAUGGCGCCCACCGGAUCACUGGGAGACGAAUUCUGUAAGCAGCGCCUUCCUCAGCUGAACUUACAGGAUAACAAAUUUCUGACCUGCACUGAAGAAGAUGGGGUCAUGGUUUACCACCACGCACAGGAUGUCAUCUUGGAAGUGAUUCACACUGACCCUGUGGAUCUGUCCCUUGGCACAGUUGCAGAAAUUACUGGUCAUCAGCUAAUGAGCUUGUCAACCGCUGAUGCCAAGAAAGACCCCAGCUGCAAGACCUGCAACAUCAGUGUUGGACGUUGA